CCUUUCUGUUGUUAUUGUUGCUAGUUUGCAUGUUAUGCUAGAAUGUUGUAAUGUAAGUUAGAUUUUGAACGAUUUGUAAAUUGUAUAGUUGAAGCAAAUGUAACAGAUCUGCUUGUGCUUUUCAUCAACUAUUAUCCAGAAGCUGCAUCAGUAUUAUUUUUUGUAGGCACAUGCUUAAGAGAUUAACACGUUCCUCAAGAGCUAUUAUCUAUUUCAUUGUUGUAACAAUUUUCAGUUUAUUAUCUCUUUGUUAAGCUCAUUGUAUUUAUCUAGAAUAGUCUUGAGAAUUAAGUAAUAGAUCAUCAAAUGGUGAAUCAUAUGUAUAGAAUGCAAUGUAGAGGUUGUGUUGUAUUAUUAUUUUCUGCAAUCGCGGUUUAGGAAUGUUCAAUUCAGUAGGUUAUCAGAUGUUUAUUAUUUGUGAUAUCCGGAUGGUUAUUCUGGAUAGUAUAAAUGUAUUGUGUUUGAGAAAUUAGUAGUAUUUUAUCCUAAAUGUUCAUUUUUUAACUCAUAUUGAAUCAAAUACAUAGCCCAUUGUACACAUUGUACAAAUACUCCAUUACUUCUCUACCAGAAUUCAUUAAAUAAAUGUGAUCACGGAAGGGAACAGAAUCGCUGAGCGCAGGGCACGGAAUACGAUCCCAAAUGGAGAAGAUUUCUUAUACCGGGCUUCCGUUUCUUUUUUAAUUUCUUUUAUUGGGCCUAUAGAAAAUAAAAAUGUCUUACUUGAAAAAUCACAAUAUGUAACUGUAACUUGCAUUGACGUCACGUGCGGCCUCAGGAAGUUAAGAAAUUGUCAAAAAGUAAUUAAGCAGCGCUAAGCAGGGAUUAGUAGAGCUUAGUUUGCAGGUUUUGUUGCCGGGGUGCUUGAGGCUCAGUUUCAAGCAAAGGCAAAUGGUGGUUGAAAUUCAAAUUGAAGCUAUUUUUGUUGUAAAUAAACAAAAAAGAAAUAAUUUAGUGGUGGCUCUGUUCUGGGUGUUUCAUAAUUAUGUAUGGGGAUGUCAGAGGACCCAAUUUACUGCACCCUGCCACUCUCACUCACUCGCACCUAACCUAACCUUAUUUUCUUCUUCUUCUUCUUCUUCUUCUCUGCGCUCACUCACUUGUGCCUAUUCCCUUUUCUUUCAUCCCUCCACUCCAAGCCAUGGCCACUGCUGCUUCUUCUUCCUCCCUUCCUUCUCUCCCACCACCUUCCCCCAAGUCACCCCCUGACUUGUACGGCAAGCGCCGCGACACCGCCAGGCUUCACAUGCUGGACAGAGAAAUCACUUUUCUCGAGGUUGAGUUGAAAAAUGUUGAAGCCCUUCAACCAGCUUCAGCAUGCUGCAAAGAGGUUGCUGAUUUUGUGGUCGCCAACUCUGAUCCUCUCUUACCUUCCAGAAGCAAGAAGAAUCGCAAGUCAUGCCGCUUUUGGAAGUGGCUCUGUGGUUUGCCAUGUUUAAACUUGUCUUGGAUCUGCUGCUGCUGCUUCUGCUGUGAAGGCUUACCUGUACAUCUGAAAUUACCAAGCUGCCACUGCUGCAGGCCAUGCAGUUGCUGCAGCUGCAGCUGCAAUUGUCUUCCCUCCAUCAAUUGCUCCUUGCCAAAAUGGCUGUGCUGCUGCUUGUGUCCCACUUCGUCAUCAAAUUGCUGUAAAGGGAGUAACUGCUGCUCAUUUUCCAAAUCAAGUUGCUGUAGAUGGAGCAGCUGCUGUUCUUGUUCCAGAUCAAAGUGCUGUAAAUGGAGGAGGAGGAGCUGCUUCAGUUGCUCUUGUCCUCAAUCAAAAUGCUGCCAAGGUAGCUGCGGCUUCGGAAACUGCUGCAUUCUCCCAAGCAGUUGCAGUUUUCAGUGUCCAUCUUGCCCUUCUUGCUGCAGUUGCAAAUGCUCCUGCACUUGUUCUUGCCCCAGUUGUCCCAAGGUACACCCUUGCUGCUGCUGUACAAAGUCCUUUUGGAGAAGUGCUUUCUGCUGUUUCUGUUGUUAGAUUUUCAAAUUAUAUUAUAUUACUUGCUCAAUUUGCAAUUAUGAUAUAGUUAGAGUAUAAAUUUUGGAAAUAUAAAGGAGUUUUUUUAUUAUAAAAUGUUAUAAGCUAAGUUAGAUUUUGAAGUAUUUGUAUAGUUAGUUGAAGCAAAUGUAGUAGCUCUGCUUUGUAAUUUGUGGGCCAGAUAAAUUUGGUCCUUUAUUGUCAGCAUUUUUCAGUGUUGCAUGUGAAAUGGAAGAUGCAAUAGUAUAAAUUUAUAAAAAUGGCCGUUGAAAUAUGGCUUGAUGGUUUGUUCA